CAAAGAUCAAGCUUGGCGGAGGCAGGAUUUGGGUUGACGGCAGUUUGCCAUUUUUGCCAGCAAUGAGCACGACGAGCAGCAGCAGCAACGCCUCGUUCGUGGGCAAGCCCGACGGCAAGGUGGCGGCGCCCAAGCAAAAGAUCCGCGGGUCGCCACCGACGUCGGCGCCCGAGCUCUCGCAGCUCGGCACCAAGGCCGGGUUUCUGCGCAAGGAGGCCGACAACGAGAAGGGCCAUUGGACGCCCUACUACUUUGUCGUCAAGCCCUCGACGUUCUUGUACUAUUAUCGCACGCCGACAGACGAGUACCCACGUGGCGUUAUCGACCUCGAGUAUAUGACGGACGUGCGACUUAACUCGCAGUGCAUCAAGCGCAGCAUUGGUGGCUCGGCCCACAGCUUCCGCGUCGCUGCUGACGUCAAGACGACGGAGCAGAAGAAGAUUCGACCGCUGUACCUCGACAUUGCGCCCGAAGACGCCGCCGACGAGAUUGCAGGCGAGACGCCUGCACAACGCCAGGCGCGCAUGGAGGCCCACGCCAUUGAGUGGAUGAAGGCGCUGCAGGGUCACCGGUACAAGACGAUCGACUCGGAGAAAGAAGACCUCCAAGAGGAAGUCCGGACGCUCAAGGACAAGUGCGAGAAGACGCAGGAAGCCAUUGUGCGCCUCACGGAACAGCUUGACCACAUUACGCGCCGCUCCAAGUACGUUGUGAAGGAAGCGAUGGCGGCGACACAGGCUGCUUGCGGCGCGUUGGCCGAGCCCGAGUCGUACGAGGCGCUCGCGCCUUCCCUUGAUGCCCUUGGCUCAAUCGCCAAACUCGCGUCGCUCGUCGAAGAGCUUGCAACGCACGUGCACGCCCGCAACGACGCUGUCAAAGUGCUCCAAGCGGAGAUCGAGGAUGAGCGCGAGAAGAACACGCCUGUCCCAAGCUCGCCCAUGGACGACGAUGACGAGCCCGCGGAUGAACUCAACCACGAAAUCCUCGAACAAGUCCUCGACGACUCGCAAGGCACGAUCAGCAGCAAGCAGUUUUCGGCCAUGCGCAACAAGGGCCGCGGUUUCUCGAGUAAUGCGUCGUCGACGCAGAUGCUCAGCGCGGCGGGUUCGGCCUUUAACCUCGGCUUCAGCAAAGCCAAGGCAGUCACGAGCCGCCUCGCGAUUGGCUCGAAGCUCAAGCGCCAGCUCACGACGGCCCCACAGACGCCGACGAAAGCGGCUGCCAACCUUCCGAAAGGCUGGAUCGCCCGCGAGAGCUCGUCGACGCCGGGCACGUUUUAUUAUGUAAACGAGACGACGGGCGAGACGUCGUGGGACGUGCCCGUCGCGCUGGGAUCGCCCACGGUGCCCGAAGGCGACGAAGACAACAAUGACGACGACACGAUGGCCUCGGAGCCGCUCGAUGGUGACAACAAUGGCGAUAACAAGACCAAGUGGAAGCUCAACAAGCCCGCGUUCUCGCGCACGUUUUCGCUCAAGCCCAAUGCGGACGGCGCCGUCAAGGAGAUCGACCGUUCGCACCACCAGUUUUAGCAGCGCGAUCGGUGCGGGAUGUGUAGUUAUGGCACACGUAGUGAUGUAUAAAUCCCACCGUUCACGUUGCGCCUCUGUCCUUGCCUCCUAA